CAAAACAAUAAAAAAUUAGAAAACUGCUUCACCAUCUUUGAUGCAAAAAGGGGAAGUAUUUGCAAAAAGUUUACAGGAUUUGGUAAACUCUCUCCAUUCAUUAGAGAAGAAAGAACACUAUAUUUGGUCAAAAGGGAUAAUCUUUCUUUAUUUUAUUUAGUACCAAAAGUCUUGCACCUGUAUUUAUUAUUACCCCCUCACUCUUUCUCUGCUUAACUUCUUCAUUCUCAGAAUUUUUGUUUUUCUUCAUGAAAUCAAAUGAUUUGCUUUUAAUGGAGUUUUGUUUGUAAUUAAAUGGAGACAAGUUGAAUGUUUCUGAGAUUCUCAAGAGCUUGAUUUUAGUGGGUUUUUGCCCAUUUAUGGUGGUGGGUCUGGGUCAUUUCUGAUUUUCUCACUUAGAGAUGGGUUUGGAAGAUAAUGGAGAUGCGCAAAUGUUGGCACUUAAACUGAUUUCAAGACACAAACGUUCAAAGAGCUUUCCGGAUAAAAGAAGAGUUGAAAAUGGUGAUUCCGUUGAAGAGUCGCCUCGUCUAAAGUUGGACGUAGGACGAUUUAAAGACUCUAUCAAGACUAAGAAACAACAAUCUCCAAGGAUUGAAACUCAGAAUUCACUGAAACAAGAGAUUCAGCAACUCGAGAACAGAUUGCAGAGCCAAUUUUCUGUUCGUCGUGCUUUAGAAAAAGCAUUAGGUUCUGGUCCGUCUUCUUACGAGACAAAUGAACCUUUUACAGUCCCAAAGCCUCCAACAGAACUGAUAAAGGAAAUCGCGGUACUGGAAUUGGAAGUUGGAUAUUUGGAGCAAUACCUUCUAUCAUUGUACAGAAAAGCCUUUGAUCAACAGGUAUCCACCAUAUCUCCAAAUGCUAAAGAUCAACAACCAUCAUCAACUUCUCCAACUAUAAAGAAUCAGAGAAUAUCUUCAAUAUCUCCAACUAUUAAGGAUCAGAGACUUAAGUCCCCUCCUCCGUUGGUGACCCCACGCCGGCUUUUUGUAGACGAAGAUGCAGCUGAAACUGCAACAAAGGUUGAACAACAAUCAGGAUUUCAAUCUGUUCCUAGGGUGCUUACUAACACAAUCAAAGAAUCCGGUGAAAGCAAGACGUUUGAUGCUAACGUUCAUCGUUGCCACUCGUCUUUGUCACACCGUACAGCGCUCCCAACUAGGGCUUCUCCGGACUCUGUGGCUAAAGCUUUGCGCGCAUGCCAUUCUCAGCCCUUGUCCAUGUCUGAGUAUGCAGCAUCAAAUGUCAUAAGUCUUGCAGAGCAUCUUGGCACUCGUAUUUCAGACCACAUUCCAGAAACACCUAACAGGAUUUCAGAAGACAUGGUGAAAUGCAUGGCAGCCAUAUUUUACAAGCUAGGCGAACCCCCUGCAGAAAACAAUGGUCUCUUAUCACCCAAUUCCUCGUCAUCCUCAAUGGGUGUGUUAUCUCCUCAAUAUCAAUGCGACGCAUGGAGUCCGUCUUACGGGAAAGAUUCAUCUUUUGAUGCGCGUUUGGAUAAUCCGUUUAACGUGGAGGGGCUUAAGGAGUUUAGCGGUCCUUACAGCACUAUGGUGGAAGUCUCGUGUAUAUAUAGAGAGAGUCAGAAAUUGGGAGAUGUGGAACAUAUGUUGCAGAAUUUUACGUCACUCAUUUGCCAAUUACAAGAAGUAGAUCCGAAGAAAUUGAAAUACGAGGAGAAGCUUGCAUUUUGGAUUAAUGUUCACAAUGCUUUGGUGAUGCAUGCGUUUCUGGCGUAUGGCAUUCCACAGAAUAAUGUGAAGAGAGUCAUCUUACUAUUGAAGGCUGCUUACAAUGUUGGCGGUCAUACAAUAAGCGCUGACACCAUUCAGAGUUCUAUCCUGGGAUGCAGAAUGUCUCGUCCAGGGCAGUGGUUACGGAUGUUACUUUCCCCGAGAACAAAAUUCAAAGCAGGAGAUAACCGUCAGGCCUAUGCACUCGAACAUCCAGAACCCCUUCUACAUUUUUCCCUUUGCUCGGGAAGCCACUCUGAUCCCGCGCUUCGAGUAUACACCCCGAAAAGAGUGUUGCAAGAGCUAGAAUCUGCAAAAGACGAGUACAUCCGGGCCACUUUCGGUGUUCGGAAGGACCAGAAGGUAAUCUUGCCAAAGGUAGUCGAGUCAUACGCCAAAGACACCGGUUUGUGCUCAGCCGGUAUCAUCGAAAUGAUCCAACAAUCUUUACCCGAUACACUGAAAAAGACUCUUAAGAAAUGUCAAUCAGUAAAAUCUCGAAAGAGCAUCAUCGAAUGGAUGCCUCACAAUUUCACCUUUCGUUACUUGAUAUCGAAGGAAUCAGUGAAGUGAUGAUCUAGACCGAUUAACCCUAGUUAAUUUCGCGUAUAUUAUUAUUAAAAUUAUUUUUUGGUUCUUGGGUAGGAGAAAUUUAUCUUGUUAUUUCUGUUGUUCUUAGAGUAAUAGAAAUGGUUAUUGUACAAAAAGAAAAGGAGAUUGUUAGAGGUUAGUAUUAGGGAAGUACAGAACAGAGGAUUUCAGUCCAUUUGUAUAAAUGUAGUGGUAUUUAUCUAUUUAAUUAAUGGAAUUGGAAAUCAAA